AUGGAUCAACUGGUUGAUCUCGCGACAGGUUUUCGGACAAGUAACGUGCGCGUCCGAUUUCAAGCUCCAUAUGUUCAAUAUGCUGAAACUUUCAUGUAUGUAUACGACUACAUCUUAAAUAUUCCCGAUGAGAUCGACUACCUGUGGAAAGGGGGCACACUCGGACCAGGAAAAAUUCUAUACAGCUUGGCUCAUUAUGUGCCGUUUGUAACAAUACCACUGGCGCUAAUUUUUCAUCUGGUUCCUGGCCUUGAUAUUCAUGGUGCUGGAGUCACGUUCUGUGAAUGGCUAUUCUGGUUCAGAGCUUGCAUUAUGUGGAAUUAUCACAGGGUUGUUGUCUUUGUGUGCGUUGCGCACGGCUUACACAGCUAUCUUUGUUUUUGGUACCGACGGUUCUAG